GUUCAAGCAGUACAAUCGAAUAGAUGAACCAGCUUUGGCGCAUAGAUUGUACUGUUUCCGUGUCACUUGUCUAAAUUAACGAUCAAGGUCGUAGUUGCAAAAUUACAGGCUACAGUCUGUUUUUAAUUCGUGUUUAGUAUUGAUGUGUGGUGUGGGAUUUUGCCGCCUGAUUCACCAAAAUAUAUGCUUAUGCUUAGCUUUAUACAUUCUGUUUGAUUCUCGUGUAUCCCGGGUCCACUCUCAUGCAAGUGAUGUUCGCCUGGACAACCACUUAGGUGUGUUGUUCCGAUCUCUUACAAAUGGUAGCGAAUAUAUGGAUAGAGAAACCCUUUCUGAUUUUCUGAAGCUUUUACAUCUGUUUGAAGAGUCUCCUACUAAGAAUGAUUCAGAAGAGAACAAGUGUUUCACGGCAAGUGAAAUGUUCGAUCUGCUUUCUCCUAAUCUCCCACGCUUAAACCAAUCAGAUUUUCAUGCUCUGUUGCCGACUAUCAUUUAUGAGUUAAAAACUGGAGUUUGUAAGCACAAACAUGAACGGGAAGUAGUUAUUACAACACACGAUUUCGAUUGGAAAGCUUUUCUAGCUGCAGUCGGUGCUGUACUGUUGGUUAGCCUUUCAGGACUUAUUGUUGUGUGUUUGGUACCGUUGAUGUCUCGAAGUUUUUACAAUGUCGUGACUCAAUUUCUUAUUGCCCUUGCAGUUGGAUCACUUGCUGGAGAUGCAUUUCUUCAUUUAAUACCUCAUGCUUUUUCUGGACCUGGACAUAUUCAUCAUAACAUUCAUGAUCAUGAAACUUCUACUUCGACUUCUACUACUACUACUGGUCAUGAUCAUGAUCAUCAUCAUUUUGAUGAACAUCAUCAUGAUUCUAUGCCAUCAUCAUCAUCAUCAUUAACAGAACUUACUUUACAUCGACAAAUGAUCUUGGAAGCACUUAUUGCUUUAAUAGGAAUUUAUAUUUUUUUCAUAACUGAACGACUUACUAUUAUAUGCCAAAAUAAAAUGUCUAGACGAAAGUUGAAACGUCAACGAAAUCUAACAUUAAAUGAAAGUCAAUUGUGUAAUUGUUCUCCUGAUCGACCUAUGGAUAAUAGUCGUUGUGUAGAUUAUCUUAAUGAGAAACAAAUGAAUGGUUCAGAUGGUGUUGGUACAAAUCAACAACCCUAUUGGUCAUUUAACAAUAAUCCUAUUGUCCAAUCAUCAGAGACUACUACUACCGAUGCUAAUAAAACAAAUCACGAUCAUCAUCAUGACCUUCAUCAUCAUCUUCAUCAACAUCAUCAACCUGUUGUUAGUGGUAGUAGUGUUUCGGUUGAUGAAGGACCACAACAACAACAACAACAAAAUUCCAAAAUAUCCGAUGUGAAAAAGUCAACAACAACAACAGUACAUAAAAAUAGUAUUAAAACGAAGAGAAAAUCAGCUAUCAUAAAAAAUGGUACACCUGUUGUUGAUAUGCUUGAUGCGAAACAUACUACAACAUCGAAAGAGAAUCCCAUAUUAGAUCUUGUCAAUCAUGAUCAUCAUCAUAAUAAUAAUACUCUUACUAAAAUGGAUUCAUCCAAUACAAUGAUCAAGAAGAAUAUCUCCUUAGAUUAUAUUGUUGGCACUGAACAGCUACAAACACAUCCACAUCGUGAUAAACCACAUGGACAUCAUCAUGGUCAUAGUCAUGAUUUAAGUUCUGUACGGGCGAUUGCCUACACUAUCAUUGUUGGUGAUGGACUGCAUAAUUUUUGUGAUGGUAUAGCAAUUGGUGCUGCAUUUGCUAGUGAUAUGCGUGGUGGUCUAUCCACAUCCAUAGCUGUACUUUGUCAUGAACUUCCACAUGAAUUAGGUGAUUUUGCUGUUUUACUACACGCUGGAAUGUCUGUAAAAUCAGCGCUGUUUUAUAAUUUAUUCUCUAGUAUAUUAUGUGCUGCUGGAAUGCUUAUUGGUUUUUUACUCGGUGGUAUGCAUUCAUUAGAUACAUGGAUAUUUAUGUUAGCUGCUGGGAUGUUUAUUUAUAUUGCACUAGUUGAUAUGAUGCCAGAAUUAUCAGCCAAUCAAUUGAAAGGAAAUCGACGUUGUCAUCAACCGAGUGUUUUAUUCUUAUGGCAAAAUUUUGGUAUACUUUUAGGCUACUUUAUAAUGUUAAUGAUAGCGUUUUAUGAAUUCCAAUUCUUCUAGCAUAUCUAUCUAUCUUUAUAUAUACAUAUAUUCAAACUCGACACUUCUUCAAUCUGUUGUUUGUCUCCUUCUCUAUUUUUUAUCCGUCUUGAUGAUGACUGGUGAUCUGUUUUUUUUUAAAAUUCCUAUCAAAAGAUUAAAAAAAAAUAAACCCCUAAAGAUUUAUUAAUGUCUCAACUUUUAUCUUUUUGUCGUGUAUGUGUUUUCCUUUUCUUUCCGGUUCUCUAUCUCUACACUGUUCAUACUCAACAUCAUACCCCCCACCUCCAUAUUAUAGUACCCUAAUUUAUGUAAAAUUACGCAAUGCUACUGUGUUGUUUUUUUUCAAAUUAAUUAUUAUUUCGCCUUGAUUUCCUUUUUUUUUUAAUUUUUUAUCUCUUUAAUACAUACUUUCUUCCGCCGAUCGAUAGGCUUUUAAUUUUUCGCAUAAAAUAAUAACCGCCUUCAUCAUUAAUAAUAAUAAUAAUAAUAAUAAUAAUAAUAAUAAUAAUUAAUUGACGACUGUCUUACUGGCUGUACAAUCUUAAAUAUUAUAUAAUGUUUUUUUUUGAUUUUACGCCUUUUUUGGUGUUUCGUAAUGUUUGUUUUCAAACAUUUAUCUAUCUAUCUAUCUAUCAAUUAAUCAGUCAAUCAAUCAAUUAUCCAGUCAAUCAUUUCAUGCCAAACUAUACAAUAUACAAUAUAGUUGGUCUUGUUUUCUUUAAUUUGUGUGUGAUGCGUUAAUCACGUGCAUAUUGAUAUUUAUAUAUAUAUAUCUAAAUGUAUGUAUAAUUGUCACAUGUAUUCAUUCUCUUUAUUAUCAAUUACUAUUGAAUAUGAUUCUUUGCACUGUCUCUUCCACACUCUCUCUCUAAAUAUAUAUAUAUAUGUAACAUUUGAACCAGAAUUCCCUUAUUUUACUGAUCUCAUUUUGUGUUAUAUUUGAAGAAAAAAAGAAAUUUUUGCACUAUAUACGAAGUACUACUACUAUUACUACAGUAUUCGUUUGUUUGUUUAUUACUCAAUUGUAUGCGUGCUUGUGUUGUUGUUGUUAUUGUAGUGUUUGUCAGUUAUUAUCAUUUCCAACUGAUGAAUGAAUAAUUUGUUGCGCGUUGCCUUUUUUUUAUGUUCUAACUAACACGUUAAAAAAAUAUCCUUGUCAUAUCAUAUAGAUUGUUUCUGUUUAUUAUAUUUUUUUUCUUUCUGUUUCAGAGAACCAUUUUUAACAAAUGAAAUAAGUAGUGUCUCUCUACUCUAGUGCUGCAACCAUAUUGAUUGAUAUAUAUAUAUGUAUAUUUUUUCAGAUGAUAGAAGAAAUUUGUCUCUAUCAGACACAUGGAUUAUUAUUUUUUGGUGAAGUUUUGUUCUCUCUCUCUCUCUGUACGUUCUUCUGAACAAAAAUAUCGUGAAUAGCAUAAGCUUCAGUUAGAAGAAGAAGUGAAAAUUAUUCGAAUUUCUUCAUAUGUUAUGAGUUGUAGCUUGUUCUGUUCAUCUCAACUUUGAUUGGUUGUUAUUGACCUUGAUCUAAUGUUUGUUAAUGGCUUUUUCUGAUUGGUUGAUAAAUUGAAUAAGUAUCGAUGUGUUUGUUGAUUGCCUCUUGACUUGAGAAAUUCUUUAGUAGUGUUCUUUGUACUUUUUGUAAGCAGUAUUUCAAUAUUGUUUCAAUCGAAUGUAGUAUGUCCGUAUAAAGGAAGAAGUGUCAUGGUGUUUGACUGCUAACUGAUGUUCACUCAGACGAAGAAGCUGAAUAGGGCCUGUAUAGUAUUUUACGCAGUCUGAGCAAUUUAUUUUGUAGGUGAUAUAUGGUUUUUCUUCUUUUGUCCUUUGGUAUACAUAGGUUUGUUUGAAGUGAUUCUGUUGGUUUGUGUGCCACACCUAUUCCAACUGGUCUCAGUAGUCGUGCUGUAUAUAUUCCGAUGUGUCUUGUAUGUAUGACGGGAUGAUCCGUUUGUUGUUUCCUGUACUUGAUUUCACUUCUG